AUGAAAUAUUUAGUUUUUCUCGCAGUCGGCGUCCUUUUCCUUUCAGGAUGGACAGUCGCGCAAGAAGGAGUAGGAGUUGGAAGUGUGGAAGAAGUAACAGCGGAUGCUGACCUCGGUGCCUCGAGGGAGGCUUCGCGAACCGAUGCGGAGACGGUUCUGCGCGAAGAAGAAGCCAUAUCCCCGGACGGUUUGAGCGUUGCUCAGCAACGAGAGCUAAAAGAGAAGGCGCAGAACUUUACCUUCCAGACCGAAGUUAAUCGGAUGAUGAAGCUCAUAAUUAACUCUCUGUAUAGGAACAAGGAGAUCUUUCUUCGCGAGCUGAUUUCGAACGGUUCGGACGCGUUAGACAAGAUACGGUUGAUGUCUCUGACCGACCGAGGGGUCCUCGACGCGACGGAGGACCUCAGCAUCCGUAUUAAAGCCGACGCCGAAAAACGCCUUCUCCACAUCAUCGAUACCGGCAUCGGCAUGACGAAGAAUGAUCUCGUCAAUAACCUCGGUACUAUCGCCAAAUCGGGGACCGCCGACUUCCUUUCCAAAAUGCAAGACAACGAGAAGCAAAGCAACAGCCAGGAGAUGAACGAUAUGAUCGGCCAGUUCGGAGUGGGAUUCUACUCGGCUUUCCUUGUCGCGGAUCGCGUCACUGUUGUGUCGAAACACAACGACGAUAAGCAGCACGUGUGGGACUCGGAUGCUAGCUCUUUCAGCGUCGCCGACGACCCUCGCGGUGACACGCUUAAGCGCGGAACGCAUAUCACGCUGCAUCUAAAGGAAGAGGCCGCCGACUACCUGCAGCCGGACACGAUCCGUUCGCUUGUUAAAAAGUACUCGCAAUUCAUUAAUUUCCCGAUCUAUUUGUGGGCCUCGCACACGGAGACCGUAGAAGAGCCCGAGGAAGCUGAACCGGCCUCCGAGGACGAGGACGCACAGGUCGAGGAUGCCGAGGAUAAGCGGGAAUCUAAGAAGACAGAGAAGACCGUUUGGGACUGGGAGCUCAUGAACGACAACAAGCCUAUCUGGACGCGUAAGCCUGCCGACGUUCGCGAUGAAGAAUAUACGCAGUUUUACAAAACUCUCACCAAGGACACGGCAGCACCUCUCGCGCGCGCUCACUUUGUAGCCGAGGGUGAGGUCACUUUCCGCGCGUUGCUGUUUGUGCCUCGCGUGCAGCCCGCUGACAGCUUCAAUCGGUACGGCACUAAAACUGACCACAUAAAGCUUUACGUGCGCCGCGUCUUCAUCACAGACGAGUUCAAUGAGCUUAUGCCCAAUUACCUUGCGUUCGUCCAGGGUAUUGUGGACUCUGACGACUUACCCCUGAACGUGUCACGAGAGACGCUGCAGCAGCACAAACUCGUUAAGAUCAUAAAGAAGAAACUCGUGCGCAAAGUUCUCGACAUGCUAAAGAAGAUCUCAGAUGACGAGUACGAACACUUCUGGAAGGAGUAUUCGACCAAUAUAAAGCUAGGAGUGAUCGAGGACCCAUCGAACCGCUCGCGUCUCGCCAAACUACUACGCUUCCACUCUUCACGCGGGGAGGAUAUGACCUUCCUGGCGGACUACGUAGCGCGCAUGAAGCCCGGCCAGAAGCAAAUAUACUAUAUUGCAGGGUCGAGUCGCGCCGAGGUAGAACGCUCGCCCUUCGCCGAGAGGCUAGUGCGACGCGGCUACGAAGUGCUCUUCCUCACAGAGGCGGUCGACGAAUACUGUCUCUCGUCGCUGCCCGAAUUUGAUGGCCACAAGUUCCAGAACAUCGCCAAGGAGAUGUUCGACCUCGAGGAGGGCGAUCGCGAGAAGGAACAAUUGGAGGCGCAGCGCACCCAGUUCGAGCCGCUCACGAAGUGGCUCGGCGAGCGACUCGGUUCGUAUAUCACGCGCGCUGCUGUUUCACGCAGACUCGCCCGCUCGCCCGUCGCUCUCGUCGCAACUGCCUUCGGCUGGACCGGCAACAUGGAGCGCCUCGCCAUGUCUAACGCACACCAGAAGGCGGACGAUGCGCAGCGCCGCCAUCACCUCUCGCAGAAGAAAAUGCUCGAGAUCAACCCGAGGCACCCGGUUGUUCUAGAGCUGUUGCGUCGCGUGACUGACGACCCCGACGACCCGUUGGCCCUUGAUACAGCGCGGACACUACUUCGAACCGCCGCCUUGCGCUCCGGAUACAUGCUGCAGGAGGGCCAGGCGAUCGAGUUCGCUGACUCGGUGGAUGCUAUGCUGCAGCGCGCCUUGGGGCUGCCGCCGGACGCGCAGCCCGAACUCGAGUCGGAGUCGGAUCCCGACGGAGCGGACUCGCAAGAGCCGUCAGACGAAGUCGACGCCGAGGCCGACGAGCACGACGAACUUUAG